AUGUCGCGCUCCUUCUAUGUGGACUCGCUCAUCGUCAAGGACGCGGCGGCGCGGCCGGUGCCCUCCAUGCCGGAGCCGCCCCCGCCGCCCCCCGGGCAGGACUUCCUCAUUCCCCUGGGCGUGCCGGCGCCGCUGGUCAUGUCCGUAGCCGGCGGGCCCGCCUGCCCGUCGCGCAAGAGCGGCGGCUCCUUCUGCGUCUGCCCGCUCUGUGUCACCUCGCACCUGCACGCCUCGGCGCGGGCGGGCGCGACGGGCGGAGGAGGCGCCGCCGCCUCCCUCCCGCUGCUCAAGGGCCACUUCGCUCCUGCCAGCGCCGCGGCGGGAGGAGAGGGCCAGUUCUGCCCCCGGAUGAGCCAUGCCCAGCAGCAGCCGGCCCCGCAGCAGCAGCAACCACCGCCCAGCUCGGUGGCAUCCGCGGCGGCGGCGGCGGCGGCGGCGGCUCAAGCGUUGGCCCACCCACCUGUCUGCGCAGCAGCAGCCUACGGCAUGAGCGACCCCCGGCGUUUCCACUGCCUCGGCCUGGGAGGCUCGGACAGCGCCGGACAGCUGCAGAACGGCAAGCGGAUGCGCACGGCCUUCACCAGCACGCAGCUGCUGGAGUUGGAGCGGGAAUUUUCGGCCAACAUGUACCUGUCGCGGCUGCGGCGGAUCGAGAUCGCCACGUACCUCAACCUGUCCGAGAAGCAGGUGAAGAUCUGGUUCCAGAACCGCAGGGUGAAGCACAAGAAGGAAGGCAAGGGCGCCCAGCGGAACACGCACGGAGGCUGCAGCUGCGCCGGCAACCCGGGUCGGUUCCCCAGAUCCGAGGACGAAGAGUCGCUCUCUCCGGCCUCGGCGAACGAAGACAAGGAGGUCUCCCCGUUGUGA